AUGGAGGAACAGUCGCAUAAACCUCAUCGCAAGUCCAAGGAGAAGAAGAAGCAGGUCGGCGAUCGCAAUCCCAAAGCGUUCGGCUUUGCGUCUGCUGGAAAGCUCCAGAGAGCCGCAGCCAGAUCUUCUGAUAUCCGCGAAAAACGAUUGCACGUCCCAUUAGCCGAUCGAAGUCCCGAUGUCGAACCUCCUCCAAGAUUGGUCACCAUUGUAGGCCCACCUGGCGUCGGAAAGACAACCCUCAUGAAGUCUCUCAUUCGUCGAUAUACCAAGGAGAGCAUCACAGAUCCUCAGGGCCCAAUUACCGUCGUAACAUCUCGCAAGCAGAGACUCACCUUCUUGGAAUGUCCCAAUGAGCUCGAGGCCAUGGUGGAUAUCGCCAAGGUGGCUGACAUAGUCCUCCUCAUGAUCGAUGGAAACUACGGAUUCGAGAUGGAGACGAUGGAAUUUCUUAAUAUCCUCAGCGCUACUGGCAUGCCGGGUAAUGUCUUUGGAAUAUUGACACAUCUGGACUUCAUUCGCAAGCCACAGCAACUGAAAGAUGCCAAGAAACGGUUAAAACACAGGCUCUGGAGUGAACUCUACCAAGGCGCGCAUCUCUUCUACCUUUCUGGAGUGAUGAACGGACGCUAUCCAGACCGCGAGAUACACAACUUGUCCCGGUUCUUAUCGGUGAUGAAGAGUCCAAGACCUCUUAUUUGGAGGAACACGCACCCCUAUGCGGUCGUCGACAGCUUCCGAGAUAUCACACACCCCACGAAGAUCGAGGAAGAUGAGAACUGUGAUCGAUCAAUUGUGUUGAUGGGCUAUCUCAGAGGCACAAAUCUCUCGGAAAAUCAACGCUGCCAUGUUCCCGGCCUCGGAGACUUCAACGUCAAACAUAUCGAAGUCCUCCCGGACCCCUGUCCCAGCCCUUCGCAACAGGCGCAAUUAGAUAAGGCCGCCGGGAAGACCGGGAGGAAGAGACUGGACGAAAAAGAAAAGAAACUAUAUGCACCAAUGUCUGAUCGUAGCGGUUUGAAGAUAGACGGAGAUACCAUUUUCAUCACGCGUGAGAAAGGGUUCACCUUCAACAAAGAUGUAGACUAUGGAGAGCGAGGCAUCGGCGAAGAACUCAUGAUCGGUCUGCAAGCGGAGAGGCGACUGCUUGGUCAGACUGACGAUGGCAUUGAGCUAUUCCGUGGAGGAGACAAGUUGACAAGUGCGCCGGAAGAAGAAGAUACGGGACGAAAAAGUCAGCGAAAGGCUAGGGUCGCCGAAAGAGACGAGGGUGAAGAUGAAGUGCCGGAUGAUGAAGGUUUCGUCAGUGGCGACGAAGACCCGAACUCCGACGAAGAAACCGAGUUCAACGAACAAAAGCUCGGUAAAAUGUUUCAGGAGGAAUCGGACGAGAAUCAAGCCGAUGGCGACGUUGCAUUUGCUGACAGCGACUCGGAUUUCGGAUCCAUAUCAGGCGACGAGCCUAAUGAUGACGAGGAUGACUCCGAGGAUGAUUACGACGACGAUGAAGAAGAGGCAGCUAUGAAAUGGAAAGAAAACCUGACGGAAAAGGCCCAGAAGCUUCAUGGCAACCGCCCAUCCUAUCGAACCGCCGAUCUCGCGCGGCUCAUGUAUGACGAGAAACUGACUGCGGACGAGGUUCUGCGGAGAUGGCAAGGGGAUAUUGAGGCAGCCAUCGAAGAAGAAAAUAUCGAGGAUAAUUCUGGAGAUGAAGAUUUCUUCAACAAAGCGAAACAGGAGGAGGAAGACGCGUCGGAGGACCGCUCGAUACCUGCAUACGACUAUGACCAGUUAGCUACCAAGUGGUCCUUGGAUGACAACAUUGAGCUACUGCGUCAACGCUUUACGACGGCUACAUUAAACGGAUCCGGCGGCGGCGGCGACGAUGAUGACGGUUUUGAUGGUUUCGAUAACGAUGAUGAUGAGGGUGACGGCGAAUUCGAAGACCUCGAAACAGGGGAGAAGCACGAGAAGCACGAGAAGCCCACGGCAAAAGAACAGGCAGAAAGCCUCGAAGCGGAACGUGAAAAGAAUGCUCGGCGAAAAGAAGAGCUCAAACUCCGGUUCGAGGAAGAAGAUCGUGAGGGGUUCGCCAAUCCGAAGGCCGCUGCUAGACGCGAAGCAGGAGAAGACGAGGAGUUUGGCGAAGACGACUGGUAUGAGGCUCAGAAAUCGCUUCUCCAGAAGCAGAAGGACAUCAACAACGCCGAGUUCGAGGGUCUAGAUGAGCGGCAGAGGAUCGCAGUCGAAGGGUUCAAAGCCGGGAAAUACGCCAAGAUAACCAUUGAAGGAGUGCCUGCGGAAUUUGUCAACAACUUCAGGACAAGAAUACCAAUCAUUGUCGGUGGACUAGCUGCAACCGAGGAUAGGUUUGGUUUCGUCCAAGUCCGCAUCAAACGGCAUCGUUGGCACAAGAAGAUUUUGAAAACCAACGAUCCCCUCAUAUUUUCAUUGGGGUGGAGGCGCUACCAGACUCUUCCGAUCUACAGUAUAUCCGAUUCUCGGACGAGAAAUCGCAUGUUGAAAUAUACCCCCGAGCAUAUGCAUUGCUUUGCCACCAUAUUCUCCCCUCUUGUUGCUCCUAACACUGGUUUCACAUGUUUCAACUCAUUUUCCUCAUCUAACCCUGGAUUUCGUAUCGCUGCCACCGGGACCGUACUUAGCGUCGACGAGUCGGUAGACAUCAACAAGAAGUUGAAACUGACCGGAGUACCAUACAAGAUCUUCAAAAACACGGCUUUCAUCAAGGACAUGUUCAAUACCUCUCUUGAGAUCGCAAAAUUCGAGGGUGCUUCGAUCAAGACUGUGAGCGGAAUUCGUGGACAGAUCAAACGUGCCUUGUCGAAGCCCGAGGGUCAUUUCCGAGCCACAUUUGAGGACAAGAUCCUCAUGAGUGACCUUGUCUUCCUAAGGGCCUGGUACCCGAUCAAGCCUCACCGGUUUUACAACCCUGUCACCAAUCUACUAGGGAACUGGCAGCCCAUGCGGCUGACUGGUGAAGUCCGUCGUGACCAGAACAUCGCCACCCCCCAGGACCGCGAUAGCAAAUAUCAUAAGAUCGAGCGACCGACUCGGCACUUCAACCCCCUCAAGGUGCCACGCGCUCUCGCCGCGGAGCUACCCUUCAAAUCGCAGAUCGUCCGAAUGAAGCCCCAGAAGCACAAGACGUACAUGCAGAAGCGUGCAGUCGUGUUGGGUGGAGAAGAGAAGAAGGCACGGGACCUCAUGCAGAAGCUGACGACGAUCCGGAAGGAGACGGUGGCCAAGAGGCGGGCUAAGAAAGACGAGAACCGUGCCGCCUACAAGAAGAAGAUGGAGGACCAGGGUGAAAAGAAGGAGGCUAGAGAACGCCGGGAGAAGCAGGAGUACUGGCGCAAGGAAGGGAAGAAGAGAAAGGGUGAUGGCGAAGGCGGUGGUGGUGGCAAGAGACGGAGGUAG